AUGGCAACCGACAUUGCCGAAAGUCAAAACCAAGCUCUAUACAUACCUCUCCGACCCGGAGUUUAUGCGCCACUACCGACGUUCUUCGAUGACGAUCAAGAAAUCGAUUAUGAGACCUACAAAAUCCACUUACUUAAUUUGGCUACAAAGGGAAUGGAGAUAAUAUCAUUUGAUAUAUCUCAUAUAUCUAACCUUAUCCAGAGCUUUGAAGAAAGAACGAGCCUUAUCCGAUUCAUCAGAGCAACAUUGGACGAAGCAGGCCUUCAAUCAACUCCAAUCGUGGCUGGGGUGGGGGGUUUAAGCACAAGAGAAACUAUCCAGCUGUCCCAAGCAGCAGCGGAAGCAGGCGCAGAUGCUGGGAUGGUGAUCCUUCCUGCUUAUUAUGCAGCGAGUCUUAACACAGAUUCAGAGCAGGUCAUUCAGUAUUAUAUUGAUAUUUGUGCUGGAUCACCGAUUCCCUUGCUUCUGUACAAUUUUCCCUCUAAUGCAGGUGGCCAAGACAUGUCCUCUGAAGUCAUAAGCGCAGUGAUCAAACAGGCCCCCAAUUUGUGUGGUGUCAAACUGACAUGUGGCGGCAGCAUUGGCAAACUCAUCCGCCUCAACGCUGCAACCUCCGAGGAUUCAGCCAUUAAUAGCAGUAGAAAAUUCCCCUUUCUUCUGCUUGACGGUCUGAUCGCCGAUCUGACCCCAUGGAUGAAGUGCGGUGGCCAUGGAACUGUAAGCGGUCUACCAAACUUUGCACCUUGCGCCUCUAUGCGGCUGUGGGAUUUGCUCAACUUAUCAUCGCCCUCGAAUGAUGAGGUUCAAGAAGCAGCAAGAAUUCAAGCAAUUCUCUCCAGGGCGGAUGCAGCCGCCGUACCGGGUGGUAUUCGUGCGAUGAAAUACGCUUUGAAUAAGAUACAUGGGUAUGGGAAAGCUCCACGGAAGCCUCUUCUUCCUUUGAAGGAGGCCGAGGGAGAAGAAUUCAUGGCGGCUUUGAAUGAGAUGUUUCAACUAGAGCGUGACAUUGAGAGCAGCAAUGGGCAUCCCGAGGUCCAUGGAUGUACUUAG